UAUGUGAUCUCUCAAUAUCACAUCACAUCCUCACCUCUUCCUCCUCUUUCUUCACGCUUCUCUCCUCUAGGUAUUGCGUCACCCUAUCGUCUGUGGUUUCUAUUUAGUUGGGAGCCUUCUCCUCCUCCUUCUCAUUCUCUCUUGUCAUUCUCUCUUGUCUUAAGAAGACAUUCGCUCUUCAUACUCUAUUUCCUUCAACGCUGAUAUUUUACAACUUACCUCUCUUUCAAAAAGCUAGAAGACAAGAUUCACUACGACAGCAGCUGUACAAAAGUCCUCUAUCUAUCUCACACUGAAAAAAAAAAAGCAUUUCCUAUUAGUUAUCUCAUACCACCUUCGAAUAUGCCAACUGAAAGACGGAGAGCAGAGGCCUUUGAUCGGCCUGUAGCUGCCGUGCUAACACCUAAAGUUACCAAGAAAACUAAACAUAAUAAGCAAGGCAGUGCUCAGUCCAGUGAACAGGGCAUCUCUUAUAGCCAGGGGAAGAUGCCAGCCAAGAGUGAUGUGCUUGUUGACGUGGUACCAGCAACGCUGUCCCGCAUAGAUACCUCAGUCAUUCCCUUACCUUCUCACUUGGCAACUUUUCCUCGCCUACAAGAAGCUGCCCUAACUAGAUCAGGGGAGGCUCUCAGCCAUUGCAAGGAAAUUGGAAUUGGACUUCUAGGCGAGAUCUCACUAAAACUAAGCCAGAUUAAGGGCACAGACGAUGCCAUUAAGCACACAGAGACAAUCCAAGGCCUUAUGCGAACACGGAACCCAAAGAUUAUAUUAGGAAUCGUUGGUUCUACUGGCCAUGGGAAGAGCUCCCUCAUCAAUGCACUUCUGGAUGAACAAAGACUGAUCCCGACUAACUGUGUUCGAGCUUGUACUGCAGCAGUGACGGAAAUAUCAUGGAAUGAUUCUGACGACCCAGAGCGACGCUAUAGAGCAGAAAUAGAAUUUAUCUCUGCAGAGGAGUGGCUCUCCGAACUAGAGAUCCUUUUCCAGGACCUCACAAUGUCUACCGGGGAGGCUCUAGCAGAAAAGGUAGAUGUCGAUGCCGAGGUCGCAUGGGCUAAGGUCAAAGCCGUGUACCCUAACAUCAAUAGGAACAAGCUUGCUGUGAUGGAUGUAAAGGCGCUUGUUAACGACGCUGCCAUAUGCAAGUACCUUGGAUCUAUCCAAACCGUGAAUGGGGGGGAAGCCAAGCUUUUCUACAAGAAUGUGAUGAAGUACAUUGACAACCUCCAAAAAGAGCCAGGUGUUGAGGAUGCAGAGGGACAUAAUAAAGAGAAUGCAGGCCAACUUACUAUGCAGCUCUGGCCGCUCGUGAAAGUCGUUCGAAUCUUUACUAAAGCUGAUGCCUUGUCUACAGGCACGGUGAUUGUUGAUCUACCUGGUGUUGAAGAUUCCAAUGCUGCCCGUGCCGCAGUUGCUGCAAAAUAUCUUGAGAAGUGUAGUGGAAUUUGGGUUGUGGCCCAAAUCACUCGCGCAGUCGAUGAUAAGGCUGCCCAUAAGCUUCUCGGUCAAUCUUUCAAGCAACAACUCAACUAUGAUGGUAAUUACUUGGGACUCACAUUUGUUUGCACAAAAACGGAUGAUAUCACUUUGGCUGAAGCAGCUGAUGUUCUGGGACUCGGUCGGGAACUGGAUGUUCUCAACCGGAAAGGGGAGGCUGUUCAACACUGGGAAGACCAUGGUGAGCAGCAAAAUGCUACUGACCAGAGUCGUUCGAAUGCCCUAUCUUCCUAUAUUAGCGAGCUUGAUAAUCAGCUUUCGCAAUGGGAGAAAUUAGAAGGUAGCCACCGGAAAGGAGAGACCGUCACAGCAUCCCAAGUUCGUUCUAGAAAGCAAAAGGCCACUGCCAGAACAUUCAGACGAGGCAAGAGAAUCAAGACAGACGGCCCUGAGGAUGACAAUGGCCUUUCUUCGUAUGUAUCAGCUAGCGAAUUUUGGGAUGGUCUAAACAACGAUACACCCAAGGUCCCGGAUGAUGAUCCUCUACAGGUGGACCAAAUCAGGUCAAUUAUUGACCAACUGAGGGCAAAAAAGCACGUCGCGUGUGAAGAGAAAGAAAAGCUUGACGAGAAGAUUUACGAUGAGCUUGACCAGGCUGAGGAAUUGAGCGAUGAUUACGCAAAUGAGCAUUUUGAACUAUUAUCGCUGUGUAUUCGCAAACGGAAUGAGUACAGCCGAGAAACAAUGCGUACACAGUUUGCCCAAGGAUUAAGAGAACUUGACCAUGAUAACUCACAGCGCGACAAUCAGGAUGACUAUGACCCCGACGCCAACUUCCGUGAUUACGACAAGGCUGCCCAGGCAUUAAGUGUCUUCUGCGUCAGCAGCAAAGCAUAUCAGGGACUCAGUGGCCGGUCGAGUAAGAGGAGCCGCAAAGUGGAGGGAUUCAGCUGCCGUGAGGAUACAGAAGUACCACAGCUAAUAGCACACGCAAAGAACUUCGCCGAGAAAGCCCGUUCAAGGAACAACAUGUCAUUCUUGAAUGGUCUACUACAAGUGUUGAAUUCGCCAUACGUGUGGUGUUCUAUACAAAGAAAUGGGACCAUAUUCUCUGACACUGAAAAGGAGACGGAGGUGGCUCACAUAAGGGCUAGCAUUCUCAAGUUGACCGAAGACAUGCGUGCAUGCUCAAAAACCUUCACUAUAAGGUACAGACAAAUCAUAACUAAUCACCUCUUCGCUCAUCUCGAUAUUGCAGUUAUGGCAGCCACUAGACGAGCCCCAGCGACCAUCAGUCGUUGGCCUAAACGAUGCAGGGAGGAUCAAGGCUUGUAUUGCAAUUCUUAUAGGCUCGCUUGUCGACGCCGGGGUGUUUAUUCUGGAACGGCAGGCUGGCGAGAUUUCAAUGAAGAGUUGGUUGAUCCUCUCAAGCGAUGCCUAGCUCAAGCAUGGGAGGUCUCAUUUCAACAGCAAAUCCCACAAGCCCUGAGUGAAUUCACGCGUGCUUCCGAGAAGCUACUUUAUAUGUUCCAUUGCAAUAUGAAGUCCCGUAUCCAAAAGAAAGCAAACUUCAUGAUCAUGAGCGCCCUUGAAUCACAACUGGGGACUCGCAUCAAUAGCACACGCCAUAUAAUCGACGCGGUUGGCUGUGAGAUCACAGAUACGCAGCGUGAGGCCAGUCGAAAAUUCAACUCGUCGGUCAAAGCGCGAUUGGAGACAACAUAUUCCACCUGUGCAAAUGAGGCAGGCCCAGGGUGCUUCAAGCGUAUUCAAGCCUACAUGAGUAACGAAAUCGAAAGCAAUGCGUCGCAGAUCCUUAAUGCUGCAGCCACCACCGUAAAAGAGGACUUGGAGAGUCUAUGCAAAUUUUUAUAUCAUGGACUUGAGAAAAGCAUUACCGAAAUGGUAUAUGUCAUGAGCAAUGAUUACUUCAAUGUGAUCAAUAUCGAAGUAUUCGAUGAGGAUACCAAGAAGGCACUGGGUGAAUUGUUGGAUUUCCUCAAGCAGGCCGACGAAAGCUUCCAGCCGCCCCCUGACGAUCGUGAUGGUGGCCUUUUUGUGGAUCCCGCCGCAGCGCCUGUAUAGGUAUAGGUGUCAAGAGUUCGAAGGCUUGGACGUAAGCUGACCAGCAAGUCGAGGUCAGUCAGUAAGUAGUGGGACAAUAUCUGGCAAGUGUCACGGUAUUUCUACUUGGUAUAAUGGGGUACCGAUCAAGGAGAUGGAGCAGGAAAAUGGCGAAAGAAAAGGAGAGAACCAAAAGGUAUGAAUGUGUUACUUUUCCAGACGGAUGACUAUAGCAGGGAAAUUGCUUGAUCUCGGUCGGUAGGUAUCUACGCAAAGGGGGUUUGAUGUUGCUUCACACUCACUAGGCUUGAUGACUUGAUUAUGGAUACUAGGUACCUGCCUCUCAGGUAGACGCCGCAAUACAAAUUACCACAUUCGCUUCAUUAAAAAGAAA